ACUUCAAUAAAAAAAGAUACACCUGUCAAAAUUUUGCAGCAGGGCACAUGCAAAGGCUGUUUACAAUUUUGCAACAUACUUGUGUUUGUCGUUGCCGUGUUAUUUUUUUAGCAUAAAGUUAUCCAAUUUCUGUGUGUCGUACGAUGUCUUCCGCCGGCGCGGUCGUCGCGUCCCGCGUGUGCUCGUGAUUCUUGGUUUUAGUGCGUGACAGGUGUGAAUUUUGCGUAACGGAGUCGCGAUGGGCGCAAAGGCAAGUACGGCUAACGGGGGGCAGAGUCCGCGUACGAGGACAUUCUCCACGAGCUCCAGCUCGGAGGUGGUGUCGGGCAGCGCCGGGUUCAGCCUCCUGAGAGCGAUACCAGGGAUACAAGUAUCAAACGACCGCCAGCGCGCCAGGUCACUGUCUUCCGUGCCGGACCUGCAUGCGUCUCACGAAGCGAUCGCGAUCCCACCGAACUCGCAGAGCUAUGAGGCGUCUGCUGCCGCCAGCCCCGACACAGACUCCAGCUCCAACGAGGAGGCGGGCCCCGUGGCGGGCACGUCGCUCGCGCUCGGCAGGGUGUACGCCGCGCACUCCCUGCCCUCACAUAUCUGGUCAAUAAACGGUAUAAAAUGUCCGGUGUGCAGCAAGUUUGUGUUGCCGGACGACAUCGAGUGCCAUCUCGUCAUGUGUCUCACCAGGCCAAGACUCUCUUAUAAUGAGGAUGUGCUGAGUGAUUCGAAGGGCGAGUGCGUGAUCUGCCUGGAGGAGCUGUCCGCCGGAGACACCAUCGCCCGCCUGCCCUGCCUUUGCAUCUACCACAAGGGAUGUAUAGACCAAUGGUUCGAAGUGAACAGAUCGUGCCCCGAGCACCCCGGAGACUAGUGCCGCGGCCCGGCGCCGCCCGUGCCAUGUGCGAGUGAUAUUUUAUACUGAACUGACUGUGCCCGCGGGCCUUGUAAAUAUAAACUUAUGCUAGUGAGAUGUUUUACCGUUUAAUGAUUAAACAAAAAUAAGUAAAAAAACAAAGACAAUUAUAGUAAACGAAACGCUAUGGGAAAUUCUCGGUGGAGUAUUAAUAAUACUUAUAAUUAUAAAUUUUACAACGUUACUCUUUAGUUGGAACGCGAAAAUGAUAGUUUGUUUUUAUUUGAUAUGUAUAAUGUAAAUUAUGAUAUACUUAUAAUAUGUAUAGUGAACGUUUGUUUUGUUUUGCAGUAAGGUAUAUAAAGCAAGGGUUAUGUUAGUGCUGGACUGUGAUUGUCGCGGUUUACAUAUCUGUUUCUUAAGCUUAUAUAUUAUAAUAUAUGAUUUGAUCUUUUUCAUCUUGAUAAUAAAGUUGAUUUGUUUCUAAA